UGGGGCUGACGCUGAGUGACAGCUCUCAGGCUCCCCGAGUUCAAUCCCCAGCACUGUAAAAGCAACGGAGCUGGUGAAAUAGGUCAGUUCACUCACCAGGCCUGGUUCUCCACCACCACCCCACCCCCACCCGGCCAGGGCCAUUUAGAACAGGUUUAUGGCAGCCCCUUGAUGUCCCCCCACGAGUGCACGGCGGCCACACACAAAGCUCCCACUGUGUUGCCCACGGACGAUAAAGGAUUAUUUACGCGAAACCACACAUAUCUGAGUAAGCAAGCACUGAGCCCGUGUCCCAGAAGGCGGAGACCCACCGGACAGCAGUUUGCACAGAUGCCCAUCCCGCAACUGCAGUGGCUCCUGGGAUGCCUUGGCCAGUUUCCAAACACCGCGGCUGAACUCCUUUGGCUGCCGCCCAUUUGCAUUGCUGGAGGGUUCACGUCGGCUCACACCAAAGUCUUGUGGGCCACACAGAUACUGGAUGGAGGCCCUGGUGCAGAGGUGCACAGGGGGACUCUCCCCUCCAGGAAAGUCCCCGACUUUGGGAGGACCCUGAAGCACUCCUGACGCCCCACCUCAGUCCCCACCUCUACCUCCUGUGAUCCUUGUCUCUGGACAACCAAAGGCCUCCACCUACCAUCCCAGAAUUAAAUGAUUCAGUUUAUGAUUCAUCGUACUGGCUUCGGAGAAAACAUCUAAGUGACAUUUUAAUAUUUAACUUCUCUAGGUCACGGCAAGCUAGGGCCGUUGCUCCUGCCCCGCGGCCCCUCCAGGUUCCUCUGCAUCUCACCUUGAGGUCCAGCUGGCCCCAGAGCUGAGGCUGAACCUGUGGGCCUUGGGUUAAAAGUACAUGAUUCAAAGGCUAAGGGUGUAGCUUAGUGGCAGAGGCCCUGGGUUCCAUCCCUCUUCCCCUGCAAAAUGACAUUACUCCAUUUGAGCUGAGGUCAUGCAUCUUUAGAAAUGUGCUCUACCCUCAGCUAAACCUCCAGCCCCGCCUGUAUUUUAUUGGUUGAUUCAUCAACUAGCUGGAAAAUGGGGCUUCAAGAAGAAAACGCCAUUCCGUAUAUUGAACACUAAUGAAUCGCGGCAGUUAACCUCCCAACAACCUACUAUUUAUCCCAUUUUACGGUUCGGGACAGAGGCACAGAGAGGCUACCAACGGGACUCCAGCCUCCACUGUAAAGAGCUGUAGACCAGCACUACACUGUAAAGGUUCAAAACGAGCAGGUACCGCCCCUAUUUUCCUGAGGCUAGACUUCAAAAACUCAAAAGAACACCACCGCAAUAGAUCAGUAGUGGGCUACUUUAAGGCGAAGAACACCCCCCCCCCACAGAAAAAAAAGCUUUAACGCCCUAAAAAAACUACUCAUAGCACUUCGUCAAAACUAGAAAAGAAAAAAGGAGGAGAAAGAAGAAAAAAAAACAACAAAACCUACUUUUUUGGUGUACAGGGGUCGGGCAGAUCGCGACUCCCAGGCAUCCCGCAAAGUAGGCGGGUCACCUUAGGGGCAACCUUUACCCGCUCAAAAAUUCGUCUCACAUUAGCAGUGAGGAUUCGGGCGUCACCCCGAAUCGUUAUUUUCCUUACUCAUAAGUUUAAGGCAUAAAGAAAGAUGGGUCUCACUUCCUGGGUAAUGAAUCCUAUUCUUAUUAAAGCUAUGGUGAGUAACAAGUUGCUCAUUAAACUGACCGCCCCAUUCUUCCGAAGUUUGCUUUAUUGGCUACCAGUUUUUUAUGUCGUUUUAAAUUUUAUUUGUUCGGGGAAGAGAAAGGAUCUGCUGGGCUCGGACCCUCCGUAUGCAGAUAAGGAGUUCGCAUCGCGAAGGCUCAUGGGAGGCAUCCACGCCCCUUCCGGUCCUUGCCUCGUGUGAGCUGUCGCGAGAAUUGGUUGGCCGGACGCCGGAAGCAGCUUGUCUCACCGUAGCGGCCGAAGGGGCGGGCUCGCGGGCUGAGGCGUCUAAGCUGCUCUCGGCUUGCUCGGUGGCGCAAGAUGGCGGACAUCUCCCUGGACGAGCUCAUACGGAAACGCGGAGCGGCGACGAAGGGGCGGCUCAGCGCCAGACCAGGAGGAGUUGGAGGUGUCCGAUCUCGAGUUGGGAUCCAGCAGAGCCUUCUCAGCCAGCCAACACGCACAGCCACCUUCCAGCAGCGAUUUGAUGCCCGGCAGAAGAUAGGCCUUUCAGAUGCCCGGCUCAAGCUGGGAGUCAAAGAUGCUCGGGAGAAGCUUUUGCAGAAAGAUGCACGGUUUCGAAUCAAAGGGAAAGUGCAGGAUGCCAGAGAGAUGCUGAACUCACGCAAGCAGCAGAGCACAGUGCCACAGAAGCCUCGCCAGGUAGCUGAUGCCCGGGAGAAGAUCAGCUUGAGGAGGAGUUCCCCUGAUGCCUUCACAAGCCCACCCAUUGGCACAGUGACCCCUGCUUUGAAGCUCACCAAAACCAUCCAGGUUCCACAGCAGAAGGCCAUGGUGCCACUUCAUGCCCAUCCAGCUGGAAUGAGGAUCAAUGUUGUCAAUAACCACCAGGCCAAACAGAAUUUAUAUGACCUGGAUGAAGAUGAUGAUAUUAUAGCACCUGUUCCUGCUAAACAGAUGAAGUUUUCACCCUCAGGCAACUUUCACCACCACAUGGCUGGGCUGAGCAGUUCCAAGCUCUCCAUGUCCAAGACCCUCCCUCUCACCAAAGUGGUUCAAAAUGAUGCAUACACUGCUCCUGCUUUCCCCUCCACUAUUCGAACAAAAGCCUUGACCAACAUGUCCCGGACACUGGUGAACAAGGAAGAACCCCCCAAAGAACUGCCACCUGCUGAGCCUGUUCUCAGCCCCUUGGAAGGCACCAAGAUGACUGUGAAUAAUCUGCAUCCUCGAGUCACAGAGGAGGACAUCGUUGAGCUUUUCUGUGUAUGUGGAGCCCUCAAGCGGGCUCGGCUGGUGCAUCCUGGGGUAGCGGAGGUAGUCUUUGUGAAGAAGGACGAUGCCAUCACUGCAUACAAGAAGUACAACAACCGGUGUCUGGAUGGGCAGCCAAUGAAGUGCAACCUCCACAUGAAUGGAAACGUUAUCACCUCAGACCAGCCCAUCCUACUGCGGCUGAGUGACAGCCCCUCAGUGAAAAAGGAGAGCGAGCUGCCUCGAAGGGUGAAUUCUGCCCCCUCUUCCAACCCUCCUGCCGAAGUGGACCCCGACACCAUCCUGAAGGCACUCUUCAAGUCGUCAGGGGCCUCUGUGACCACACAGCCCACAGAAUUCAAAAUUAAACUUUGAGCAAGAAAGUUAGGCAGCCGGAAGUGGGGCAGAGGAGGGUGGCUCUGUUUUCCCAAGGCAAAACUUGUGACCAAUGGGCCGUUGGACUGAAGCCCCCUGAGUGUGGGCAGGGUCGCCAGGGGUGGAGCUUCCUCACUGGACAGGCCCGCCUCUCUGUGUCGUGUCCUACCCUGUGCUCUUCUGUAUGUUAAUGUUCUGUAGUGUGUUCCCUCUGCCUUCCACCUCAUCACCCAGGUAGGCGUGUGUAUCUGAGUGUACCUUCCUCCUCCCUCGGCCCCAAGCUGAUUCUUUACCUAGAACUGGUGCACUGAGUUCCCUGGGUGACUUUCUUGGGCCCCUUGGGAUACAGAAUGGGGCUGUUUAAAAGACACUGCUUUGUCCAGGGGCUGAGGGAUUGCCUUCCCUUUCUGUUUUUCAAGCUUUUCAAACAAAGUAGAGUAUGGGAACUCCUGUGUCGACGGGAGCCAGGUCAGCUUGAGAGCAGGGCUGUUCACCCGCGGAUCAGUGAGAUGUGUGGGGCGCAGGGGGAAUCAGGUCACCGGCCUGACUCCCUGUCGACAGAGGGCCCCGUGGCAAGGGCAGGCUGAGGUGCUACUCUGCUCGGAACAGUGCCACCCCAGCUGUUGGUUUUGAGGCCCCGCACUGUGUCAGGCAACCUCUGGUAAAUUCCCAGAAUUCAUGUUUCCCUUUCUCUAUGAGGAAGGCCAAAUACCCUACCCCAGCGGUCUGCUGUCUGCGUCACUGCUUGGGGGAUUGCAUUUCAGCCCUCUCAGUUCUCACCUGGCUUGGUAGUCAUCCCACCCUUGUUUUGGGCAAGGGCCAGCUGUCAGUUGGUUGGGCCUUUCAAAGGCUCUGCCUCCUGUAGUACUGUGGGUUUGGGAGGUUAUUUUGAAUGGGAGAUGUUGACUUCUGGCUCUUCCUUUCUGUCCUCACUUGUCUAUAGGACAGCAGUCAUGGAUGGCAGAUACAUAUAUCCAGCUGCCACCAAGGGGCAUUGUCCCCACUGUUGUGGGAAACAUGCCUGGCCAUGAUCAGAGGGGUAUUUUCCUGCCUUGGCAGUUGGGGAGAUGGAGGUCAAGAAGGUAGGUCAGGAGAGAAGGGCAAUCCUGCCAGGCAAGCUGGUGGACUGUUUCUCCAGCAUGCUCCCGGACAUUUGGGGCAAAACUGUAGAAUAUAGUUUCACUGUCAGAAUGCCAGGGCAGCUGUCAUUGAGCAGGCCCUGUUGGCUUGUUGGAGCUGGAGCAGGUUGCAGGACAGGAUUCUGGGUGCUGUACAAAAUCAGUAGCACAUGCUAUGAAAAGCACAAGCCCAGGAGGGAAAGGGACCACAAGCCAGUUAAGCCUUGUUCAGGGUCAGCCCGGUGAAGAAAACCUAGACACUCACCUUCCCACAGUUAGAUCUUUCAAGCAAGAAGGAUCCAAAGGUUGAAUCCAGCUUUAGUCCUCCAGUUCUGAGGUUGCCCAGGCCAGGGAAUCCAGGAAAGGUGCCUGCUGGUGCUCUCCUUUCCUAUUCUUUGAACAAUGCUGCUUUUCUUCUCUUACCCCUUCAAAUGGGUACAAACUUAUUUCUCUUUAGCAGCUGGAAGACAUUCCUCCUACACUUUACCCUUUCUGGCCCAGUAAAGCACCCAGAAGGCACUAGGAUCUGACUUCUCAGAUACUGGGAACAGCUUGGACUGUGCUGAGAGUAGGGAUGGUAAACACUCUGCCUGCCCAAGGUGGCUUUACCCUCCCAUUCCCAAGACAGGUGUGCUUUGGUUAACACAGAUUUCAUGAGUCCAGCCCCAGCCUCCUGGCCACAUGGCAUGUUGAGAACAGGAAGGGACCUGUUUGCCUCCCCUGCUGUACAGGGUGUCAUCUUGGGAACAAGGAAGAGAAGGUGGUGGGCCAACCCUUAUGUCCUCUACCUCCCACUCCCUUACAUUGCUCAUCAAGUGUCUCUUGUUCAGAAGGCGAGGAAGAGGCAUUGAGGGAUGGAGGUGACUGUAUUACUUAUCCAUUUCUGAAUAAACGUUUGUUAUUCCUAC